AUGGGGCUCGCAGCACUCAAACUCAAGCUCUCCUUCUCCAACAAGAGCGGCACGGCCUCGGGCAGACCUACGCGCCUCGGCUGGAUCCUCUGUCCCACAAAUCCUAGGUAUGCAUGCGCACUGACGACCAGGAGAUGGACCGCGGCCGCAGCUGCGCCAGUGGAGACUCCGUCCAGAAGCUUCGACGUUGAGAUGCAAUCCUCGCCGGCGCCGCGGGAGCAGGUGGAGGUCGUCCGGUCGCUCAACGGUUGGGUGGCGAAGAACAUGCUCCCGCUGCUCCUCCCGGUGGAGUCCUCGUGGCAGCCGCACGACUUCCUGCCGUGCUCCGCCGCGGCGCCCGGCGCGUCGACGGAGGACGAGGCUCUGUCCGCCUUCACGGAUGGCGUCGCCAAGCUGCGCGCGGGAGCCGCCGGCGUGCCUGACGAGGUCCUGGUGUGCCUGGUAGGCAACAUGGUGACGGAGGAGGCGCUGCCGUCGUACCAGAGCAUGGGAAACCGCACGGAGGGCAUCGCUGACGACACCGGCGCCAGCAGCCUCCCCUGGGCGCGGUGGCUGCGCGGCUGGACCGCAGAGGAGAACCGCCACGGUGACCUCCUCAACCGCUACCUCUACCUCUCCGGCCGCGUCGACAUGCGCCAGGUCGAGACCACCGUCCACCACCUCCUCCGCAACGGCAUGGAAAUGCUGGUGCCCAAGAGCCCCUACCACAGCGUCAUCUACGGCGCGUUCCAGGAGCGCGCCACCUUCAUCUCGCACGUGCACACGGCGAAGCUCGCCGGGCAGCACGGCGACCAGGCCCUCGCCAAGAUCUGCGGCGUCAUCGCCGCCGACGAGAAGCGGCACGAGGCGGGCUACACCAGGGUAUGCGCCAAGCUCUUCGAGGUGGACCCCGACGGCAUGGUGCGCGCUCUCGCGUACGUCAUGCGCGGCAAGGUCACCAUGCCCGGCCUUCUCAUGUCCGAUGGCCACGACUGCAGCGAGACUCUGUUCGACCGGUUCUCCGCCGUGGCGCAGCGCGCCGGCGUCUACACGGCGAGGGACUACGGCGAUCUGGUGGAGCACUUCGUGCGCAAGUGGCGGGUGGCGGAGCUCGCCGGGCUGUCUGGCGAGGGCCGCCGCGCGCAGGAGUACGUCUGCAGGCUCCCGCCCAAGAUCCGGAGGAUGGAGGAGCUGGCCCACCAGAGGGCGGCCCGCAGCGAGCUCAGGCCGGCCAGCUUCAGUUGGAUCUUCGACAGGCACGUCAUGCUAGGCUGA